AUGCUACGGCGUACGGCCUGGUUUCUAGACCCCAACACCUCCCGGCAGACCACUUCUUCUGGACCUAUUGGGAGUUGUGAGGACCGCCCUAGCACCAAUCCCCGAGUAUUCGUCUCGUAUGAGCCCACCAACGCCGGUGUCUGUUGCUGUCGACCUUCUGACACACCCCAUAACCUUACUUUACCUCCCUUAAUCUCCAUCACACAGACCUCGACUGUCUCCCUCCUUGAUUUCGAACGAGAUAGUGAUGGAGGAAGUUGUGAGCCAGGACGCUACCGCGAGUUUGCGGCUUCAGUCACCGAACUGGAAACUCCAAAUACUACUUGGGCAGGAACUGGCUUCCAAAAUUCCCAGGAUCUUUUGACCUUCAAAGGGCGGCAUCUAUUCCUCGGAACGACCGCACACAGUCUCAGCACGGCAACCGUUCACAGUGCACCCACGCGGCACGCAUCACCGGCCACCUCACCUGAGUACAGGCUGCAUCCUGAUCAUAUACACUGGCCCGACCAACCUCGGCGGUGA